CUGACUCAGUAUGUCAUAUUUAACAAGAGGCCAGAGCUUGUCCAAAAUGGCUGUCCAAAAACGACCCCACACUUGCAUUAGAAGAUGAUGCCUUUUUCAGGGACUGUUUUCUCUCUUGGCGCCUGUCCCGCUGGCUCUCUGUCUGCCUGUGUCCCUGACCAUGGCUCCCUGCAGUACCCUUUAACGAUUUAUCAGCAAGACUGUUGAACACAUAACUGCCCAAGAUGCCCGUCCCUCCCCCUCCAGCACCCCCGCCGCCCCCAACAUUUGCACUGGCCAAUACAGAGAAGCCUACGUUGAAUAAGACAGAGCAGGCUGGGAGAAAUGCUCUCCUUUCUGAUAUCAACAAAGGGAAGAAACUGAAGAAGACGGUCACCAAUGACAGAAGUGCACCAAUAUUGGACAAACCUAAAGGAGCUGGAGCUGGAGGUGGUGGUGGCGGUAGCGGCUUUGGUGGAGGAAGUGGUGGCGGAGGCGGUGGAAGUUUUGGAGGGGGCGGACCUCCAGGUCUGGGAGGACUGUUCCAGGCUGGAAUGCCGAAGCUGAGAUCCACGGCCAACAGGGAUAAUGAUUCUGGAGGAAGCCGACCACCAGUUUUGCCACCAGGAGGAAGAUCGACAUCUGCCAAACCUUUUUCGCCCCCAGGUGGCCCAGGGAGGUUUCCAGUGCCUUCCUCAGGCCACAGAAGUGGUCCCCCAGAGCCUCAGAGGAACCGAAUGCCACCCCCGAGGCCCGACGUGGGCUCAAAACCCGAUAGCAUUCCCCCUCCAGUACCUAGCACUCCAAGACCCAUUCAGUCAAGUCUGUACAACCGGGGGUCCCCACUAGGGCCCGGAGGCCCCAGGCAGCCCAGUCCCGGGCCGACUCCUCCUCCUUUCCCUGGAAACCGUGGCGCUGCUUUGGCAGGAGGCUCAGUGCGUCAGUCCUCCUCGAGCUCCUCUCCCUUCUCCAACCGGCCUCCCCUGCCGCCUACCCCCAGCAGGGCUUUGGAUGACAAACCCCCUCCGCCACCUCCUCCAGUGGGCAACAGGCCCUCCAUCCACAGGGAAGCGGUUCCCCCUCCUCCCCCUCAGAACAGCAAGCCUCCAGUGCCUUCCACUCCGAGGCCUUCCUCCUCCUCACAGGCCCCACCACCGCCGCCACCUCCCAGCAGGCCUGGGCCUCCUCCCCUGCCUCCAAGUUCCAGCGGCAGUGACGAAAUCCCAAGACUCCCACAGCGAAAUCUGUCCCUCACUUCGUCCACACCCCCCUUACCUUCGCCAGGACGUUCGGGUCCUCUUCCUCCCCCACCCAGCGAGAGACCCCCACCUCCAGUGAGGGACCCACCAGGCCGAUCAGGCCCCCUCCCACCACCUCCUCCAAUAAACAGAAACGGCAGCACAUCUCGGGCCCUGCCUGCCACCCCUCAGUUGCCAUCCAGGAGUGGAGUAGAUAGUCCCAGGAGUGGACCCAGGCCUCCCCUUCCUCCUGACAGACCUAGUGCUGGGGCACCUCCCCCACCUCCACCAGCAACAUCUAUUAGAAAUGGCUACCAAGACUCCCCAUGUGAAGAUGAGUGGGAAAGCAGAUUCUACUUCCAUCCGAUUUCCGAUUUGCCACCUCCAGAGCCAUAUGUACCAACGACCAAAAGUUAUCCCAGUAAAUUGGCAAGAAAUGAAAGCCGGAGUGGAUCCAACCGAAGAGAAAGGGGUGCUCCACCACUCCCUCCCAUCCCGAGGUGAUCUUUGCCUGUUCUUCUCUUUCUCUACCCGAGCUCAAGAGCUGCUUCUGUUGCUAUCGAAGAACUGCACACCCUCCUCCGCACUUCUUCCCUUGUGCCCCUCGUAUGGGCAGGAAGAAAGGUGGGAGAGUGAGUGGGAAUAUGCGUGUGUGGGGUGGGAAUCGGUAAGAAAUGCACCUAGCUUUUCAUAUUGUGUUUAUUCUCUAGGCUGUUGCUUGCUUCAGCUGCAGCCGGCCUGUGCUGGCUGCCUGGGUCGAUAGGCUUUUGUGGAAAUAGGCAGAAAUGAAUUGCAUCUCUGCUUUCAACCAACAAAAUUCAGACCUUCACUGCUUAUUUGCUACAGACUGUAAUUAUUGAAGUCCCUGAGAGCUGUUUUCUCCUUUCCUUUUUCGCAUGCUUGGCCUCCUAUGUCCAUGAACCACAAACCAACUAAGCAAGUUGCUGAGUAAGAGCUCACAGGAAACUUUUGCAGUCACAGGAUGUCCAACCUUUGGCAGUCUGAGCUCAGCUCUAGGACAGAGCUGUCCAAUAGAAAUAUAAUGUGAGCCCCAGAUGCAAUUUUUAAAUUUCUAGUAUAUUUUAAACAAGUGAAGUUAAUAUUUUAUUUAACCCUAGGCAUCCAAAAUAUUUCAACCUGUAAUCAACAUAAAAAUUUUAAUGAAAUAUUUUAUAUUCUUUCUUGGUACUAAAUCUUCAAAAUCCAGAGUAUAUUUUAUAUUUACAGCACAUCUCCAUUCAGACUAGUCACAUUUUUAAGUGCUCAGUAGCCAUAUGUGGCUGGUGGCUACCGUGUUAGACAGCACGAGUCUGGAAGAUGGAAGCUAGUGCAGAAACCUCUUGUUUCAAAAACAAAAAAAGGCAAGAUGGGCUUGAGUGAUUCAAGAGGCAACUAAAAAUAAAAUUAGGACCCAGCACCUUGUUUGACAGACAGUUCGACCUUCAAUUUUGCUCCCUUAUUUUCUCUCUUCCCUUAAUAUCUGUGUACAAGUGUUGCUUCACGGUACCAAGGUCAAAACUGAUGGAGUACAGUUUACUAAGGUCAUGUGGAAUAAAGCCAUUGGAAAGAAACAGAAAGCCUGUCAGGGCUUCCGGGCUCAGAACCAGCUGGCUCACACGCUCACUUGUCAGUUCGACUUGUGCCUUGUAAAUUGGAAGCAACUUUUGCUCCUCUCUGCCUGAGCAAGCUCCUGAGGUUAGGAGAGACUAGGAAGGUUUGGUAGAAGGGGAAGAAAGUCAGGGAAAGGUAUCAAAUCAGAAACAUGGAAGAAAGGAACAGAUUUGAAUUGGUGGGCAAAACUCUAAAAAUCUAAAUCUGAUGCUUAUGUAAGGGUUGAGCAAAUUAGGGAGAUUGCUAGCGGAAUUCCUGGUAGAAAUUGGAGGGAAUCUGUUUUGCAUCAUUUGUCUAGGAUCUAUGCAAGUACAUCUCUGCUAAAGGACCAUAGGGAAGGGCCAGCCUUGCCUUUUUUUAUAUGAUUUUGUUUACACUUUUUCUGAGAUUUUAAAUCUAGCUAUAGAGUUGGGGGGGAAAAAUAUUUCCACUUAUAUAUUUUAUAUGGUUAUGUUUAAAAUUACCAUUACUUGUUUUUUAAAAACACGUGACCACAUGUAUAUGUAUAUCUACCUAAACAUUGUAUCAUGGUUUCAGUGUGUUAUUCAUGUAUUACUGGGAGAUGCUAACAAGAAACCAACCCAAAGAAAAUCCUGAAAGAUGCAUUUCUAUUUAUAAAAUAAAUGUUUCAUUUAUAUAAAAGAAAAAGAACUUAAGAGUUCUAAUAAAUGGGAUGUCUAAUAAAUUAUGAAAUUACUGAUUUGAAUAUAUUAUAUUUUUAUAACUUCCUUGCCAAAGUCCUAGAUUUAGUACAUUAGAGAAUGUGUUUCCUCUCUCCUUUACCAUUAAUCUGUCUUCCAUACAGUCAUUUGGGCUUUUUACUCAAAGAGAAUAAAAAAAUAGUAAGGUGUAACAAGCUUGGCCAAGUGUUGGUUUAAAAAAAAAAUUAAUCUCUAGCAUUUUGGUAAUUGAGCAGCAUCAUUUAUUUGGGAUUCUUUGAUCUGACUUCAACAGUGAAAAACAUCCUUAUGAUAAAGCCAAAUGACCCACUUGACAAAAGAUGGAGUUUGCCCUUCCUAGAAAAUGUGGCGAAGAAAAGUCUGACCCAAAGAAAGUGGGUCUGAAUUUUAUAAGGGGUAGUAAGAAUUGGACAAUUGCUUUAUAUAUCUCAACUUUGCCGGUACCAUUCUAAAUUUGAAACAGAGUCAGAGCCCAAAGUUGCCAUUCAUCUGGAAUAGAGAUGUUUUAGUCUGUAUUUUUUAAGUGAAUGUUUCUUUAAUACACCUACACCCUUUCUUUUAAAGUUUGCAACCUAAUUGCAUCUAAAACUUUGAAUAAGUUCUGUGGUAAAAUCUUAAACUAUGGAAAAUCACAAAAAUGAAUAUUUUCUUCCCUGAAAUCAGAGCUUACAUGUGUAUUUUUUCCGUAAAAUUUCCAGAUAAAUGUAUUCAAUAUGUAAUACAGUAUUUUAACAUUCACCUAUUAUUUUAUAUUGAAAUGUAUUACAGUAUUAAAACUCAGUGUUCAGUAUUUAUUUCACUAUGCAUUUUAUUUAGUAAAAGCCAAGAAAAAUGUUUAAUAAUCCAAUGGUGCCUUACUUUGUGAUUUAAAAGAAAUCAACUUUUUUUAUGUCUAAGUAGCAGAUUGUUUGCGUAUUUGUAAAAACUGUUAGGUCUUUAUAUUUUAAAUUGUAAUACCAGUUUUGUUUAUUUUAGUAGCAGAAAUGGGAUAUUGUUAAAGUUCCCCAAAAAAUUUUGGCAUGAAAUUAAUUUUUCCCUCCUUAUAGUCAAGAACUGUAGAGGAAGAAAAAAAAAUUUCAUACCAUGCACUAUGUAAACAGACACAUUUUGGUAUCUGUGUCAUCAGGAUAAUGUAAAUGGUAGCAUAGAGACUACCCUAGACAUCUGGAUCUUUGUAAGUUAGCCAGACAAUAAAUAAAAGCAGAA